ACAACUCAGAGGGUCAUUUCACGUCCGGUUACUGCUAUUAUUCAAAAAAUGCUCAGAAGCUGAACUUUCAAUGGCGUCGUCUUCGUCUUGCUGAUUUAUACUUACUUACUACUGCAUCUCACAGUCCACGCGGCUUGCAUAUAUCUACACACACACUUACACAUAUAUGUAUAUAUAGACAACCAAACCAAAACCCAACCAAAAACCGAAAAAAAAAGAGAAAAAAAGCUACGAAAAUCACAUUUGUUAACUUAUCCUUUUCACCCUCCCGAUCUCGCUGAUCAAUUUCUAUCAACUCACCAGAUCUGAAGCAAGUGAAGAAAGAGAAUUUGUGUUUUUUGAUAAAGCAAAAUUAUUAGAGCAAAUACAUGUUCUAUGUAUGGCUUGGAAAUCAGGAGAUUGAUGUUGAUCUACUCAGAUUCUGGUGGUUAUGGCGGAGAUCUAAAAGCUUCUGUUAGUGUUUCUUGUCGUUGGAUGCCUUGAAAUUUGUUCCUUUAAUCAGUGUUUGGUUAGUUGACGGAUCUCUUUUAAGUUUAUUUUUGUAGUUCUGGUAGUAGUGGAGCAGUAAUCUUUUGAUUAGGAUAAACCCUAGUUGGUAGAGUCACUGGCCAUGGAGACUCUAGUUGUUGUGGCCCAGCAUCGGAAUCAGUAUUAUAGUAGAAGUAAGGGUCAUGGACCCGAGCCAUUUGGGUCGUUUGAUUCGCCGCCGUCUAAGGAUUUUAGGGGGAUUAAUUGCCGGACUUUUCAAUCUGGUUCCGGCUUACUACCUACCCCAAUUAAAUCUUUCUCCUCUCCUGUUCCCAAACGGGUCUUUUCCCCUUCAUUUUCCCCCAAAACACCUUCUGCCCUUCUUCAUUCACGAUCCGAAGAACCAAAGAAGUCCAAAAAGUUGGCCAAAUCUAGUAGCGCCAUUCCCAUCCCGAUGAAACUGAAGGUUGAUGUCGAUUAUAGCAGGUUGGCUUCUUCCUUCAGUGGUGAGUUUAAUUUCUCUGAACGCUGGGCUGGGCCUGCUUAUUCCAACUCCCCACCUCCUAGUUCUCUCCCCAUUCCCAAGUUUUCUCUCCGUCCAAAAAGGACUGUUUCGCUUGACUUGCCCUCUUCUUCGGCCUCUGACAUUGACUUUCGCCCUAUUGCCAAGUCUGCCCCUGCUUCCCCUACCAGGGAACGUAGCCCUUCCCCGGAUGAUUUGUUUCAUGAUGGUGUUAGCCUAAGUGUUGACUCAGCGACGAAGACCCUUCGUCGCAUCCUCAAUCUUGAUCUUACUGACGACUGAAUGGAGACUUGGAGCUCGUGCAGCUCCUGUGAAUAAGGAAGUUGAUUUUCUUUGAUAGCUGGGUUAGUGGUAGAUUCUAGGAUGUAUAUAUGGUGAAUAAAUGAGUCCUCUGCUUGACUUGAUAGUUAUGGUUGAUUAGUAGCUUUAUGUGGUGUCAGUGGUGCAAGAGACUUGGUGGCUGGUUGGUUGACUAUUUCCAAGUAUAUCAAGAUGAUAAUAGUUGAGAUGCGGUUGAGUAGUGUGGGGGUGCUAGGAGACGGAUGAAGGUUGGUUCAAUAUGUAAUGACAGCAGAAGGUGGAAUGCUGUGAAAGACGAAGCAGAUGUGGAAAGGGUUGUUGGUGCUUGCGUGCUGUCUUGUAAUGAAGCGGACAGACUGCUCAACUCUCUCUUUGGCUCAAAAUAGACUAAAAUCCUUUCUUCACAGGGUUGCUCAUUCUCAUUGGACUGUUUUCAGAUAGAACAGUUCGUGCUUUUGUUACAUUUUGUGUAUACAGUAGAGUCCUAACCUGAUCUGGCUCACUAGUUGAUAGGAUUGUAUUAAUCACUAUUCUUGCCUCUCGUUCAGAACCCAUCAUCCUAUAUAGUGCAUCCAGUUUCGAUUUCUUUGGUAGCCUAGUCUAUUUGCAGUCCUUUGACUUGUUAGGCUUUUUAGAUCAUUUUACACCUUAACUCUCUCAAUGCUGCCUAAUAUGGCUGCUGCUUCUUUCUCUUCUCUUGAUUCCCAUCUCUCUUUUUGCUUUUUGUCAAAUACUCCGGAUCUAAGUCCUUGGCUUUGCUAUGCAAAGUUGCAGUUACACCUUUCGCCAUUUUUCUGGUUUUUAAAAAGGAAAAAUGGGAAGGGGAUGUAGUUUUAGUUUGAUUUCGGCUUCUGCUAUACUCCUUUUUCUGCUUAGAAUCAAUCCGUAACUCUCCUGCACAGGAAGCCGAGUAGUUAUCAACCUUUGCAGGUGGGUUUGCACCUUUAUUCUUGUUGUGUGAAGUGACAUAUUUGUGGAUGGAGAUGGUUGAUCAUACCUAGCCAUUAAGAAGUGCGCUGGUAAAUGGAGCUAUGGAUGAGAAAUGUUAAGCAAGCCAAUUCCGAACUAAGCUCUCUUGCGCUGCACUUUUCUUUUUUAAUCCUGGUUUCUUUUAGCAAAAAGGGUCCUUGUGGAAAAUCGAUGCUUUUUGUAUUGGGCCUUGAGUCUGCAAGUUGCAUGCUGUUUUCCUGUUGGCUUGUGUCUCUUUUGAACUUCGAAUAAUGCUGUACUAGAUAGUUCGAGUAGUUUGUUUCCUGCAUUGGUGUUUUAAUUUGGAUUCAAAUGGUAAUGCAUCGUCUUACAAUUGCUGUUUCUGGAUUUUCCAUUAUGCACGGUAAUAAAAUUUUUUUAUAGGAAAUGUGGCACGUUCCUGGUUUGCUUGC